GGGGUGUGUUGAUGUCAAAUCUGCCAACAAAUAUAAGUGACUGUCUGGUGAUAUCUUUGCGGCGGACCGGACCGGAACUGCCGUUGGUUAAACCACAUCUAGGAGUUUGGCCAGGCCAAAGCCUGGUGUUUGGCUGGGUUCGAAUAUGGCUCUGUCGUUUCUUUUGGUCUUGGCUGCCACUGUGAUUCUUAUCAGACCCGAGACACCUGUAACAAAGGCCUUACAUCAGAACUCACUUGAGUGCUGUGGCGAGAAACAGAGAGUGAACAAUUCAUGUUCAAAUGACACUCACUGUGAACCAGGCUGCUUCUUACGCGUCCUUGAGAACAGCAACACUGUUUGCAUAUUCUGUGACUCAGCAGCUGUGGAUCUGGAGAACAUAACAGUCUGCACCUACAAUUACACUGUAGAGCGGAAGAAUCAUACAACUGUAACUACUGUCAUUCCUAAAAUCGGAGGGCCAGGCGUGGCAGCCUCUCUUCUUCUGGGAACACUGUUGAUCAGCCUGUUCCUGAUCCUGUCUGUUGCCUCCUUUUUCUACCUCAAACGCUCCAACCGACUCCCGGGCAUCUUCUACCGCCGCAACAAGGCCUUCAUUUUCCAACCAAGUGAGACAGCUGUCAUGAUCCCCUCCUCAUCAGUGAGGAAGCCAAGAUAUGUAAGGAGGGAGCGGCCUUCUGCAACGUCAACAGUGAAUAGUGCCACCAUACCCACCACAUCCACUACUCAAGUCUAUAAUGUGUAGGAGGGAAGGGUGGGAAUGCUGCUGCAGGUAGGAGAGAGAGCUCAGGAAUGAUGUUAGACUUUCUUAUCAAGUGUGAAGAAAGGACAAUUGUCUCAUAGAGAGGUGGCAAAAUUGCUGACAGUGCAUCCUAUUGACACAGCCUCUGAUUUGUUCAUAUUAAAUGAGUUUUUUUCUUUGAAAAUAGACAGAGAGAUAAUAAAGUCUGUGUUCAGUUCAGUAUUUUCCACCCUUUUAUGCAGCACUGGAGUGAUGAAUAGAUUCAUCACUCAUGAUCACUCCUUAGUCCAAGCACUGUCAUCAAGCAGUUUUUAUCUGCUGUUUGACUGUGUUGACUUUCCUGAAAAUGUGGACCUGUUUGUUAAAGGAAUAGUUCGAUAUUUAGGGAAAUAUUCUAAUUUGCUCUCUAGCAGAGAGUCAGAUGAGAAGAUUGAUACCACUCUCAUGUUUGUAUGGAAAAUACAGAGCUACAGCUGGUAGCUGCUUAGCUUAGCAUAAAUACUGGAAACGAGGGGAAACGGCUAGCGUGUGGAAAAAUGACAGUUUUCCAUCUUCUGGGGGAUUACGCUCCAGACUAUUUCUUCUCUGAGAACUGUUGUAAGGCAGCUGGCAACAUGGAAUCAUGAUUUUUCCACUUUGGUUUUUGUACAGAUUAAACAAAGAAGAUAUAAUGUGUUAAUUUGUUAGUUUUAGAGGUGCUGGAAGUGGAUUGUUUUAACUUUGGACAGACACAGGCUAGCUGUUUUCCCCUGUUUCCAGUCUUUAUGCUAAGCUAAGAUAAGACUUCCUGGAUGCAGCUCCAUUUUUAACAGACAGACAUGAGACUGGUAUCAGUCCUGUCAUCUUGACUGUUCUUUUCAGUUUCGUGGAUCUGUCGUUUUUAGACCCAUUAGAGGAAUCGAACCAGCAACCAAGUCGAGCAACAGUGACACUGAUCUGUGAGAUAGAAUGUCAGCUGUAAAGUUUGAUGGAAGCCUGUUUUUUCUUAGUUUGCUAAAUAUGAUUUUUUUCUUACAUGUGUGAUAAUUAUUUGCAUUUUGUAACAGUGCACUGAAUUUUACUGAUUAGAAUCAGGCCAGCAGAAUAAAUUAUGUGUCUAAUAGCCUUAGAGUUCUUCUGGUGGACCAGGACAUUGUAGGGAGAGUUACUGUAGUUGCGGUGUUGUUUGUUUUAAUUGUUUUGUUGACUUUGUAUUUUUAUUGUUGCGUUUUUAUUUAUUACUUUUGUGAGCUUAACCAAGGUGAAUGUAUUUCACAUGUACAACAAAUCAUGCAUUGCAGCUGCAUGCAUCAUUUAUUACAUUCCACUGCAGACCCACAUACACGCUGACAGAGGUCAUUCCCAACAACAAAAUCAUGUUUUAUUCAUAAGAAUUUCUGUGAUCCUACUAAAAGGUUUAAGAUUCCGAUUUUGUUCCAUAAAGUAAAGUUUAAUUCCAAUAGAUUUUUCUCUCAAAGCAUAAAAAUUCUAAAUCCUUCUGCACUUUAAUUGUCUUAGGUCAUCAGCUGAUGUUAGACCUUACCUUUUAAGAGAAAUGCUCAAAAUAACCUGUUGCCAUCAAGUGUGAUCGAGGUUGUUUUGUUGUGUAACUGGCAACAUUAUUGUUGCGUUGUGAACAUUACUUGACUACUAUUACCUUUGCCAAAUGUUGUCUGAAGAAAAUGGCUUUUGCUGUAUGCCAUUACUGUGAUUACUGUGCCAUUAUGAGCUUUAAGUGGAGUCGGGAAACAUGACAUAUGAUGAAUAAUUGGGUAUUUUACCAAUAUCCAGUGGCCUUUACUGUGCACAAUUCAAAAAAACCAAGGCUAGUUAACCAAGUUUUAUUUGCUAGGUGGUAUUUUAUUUCAUAUAUUUUUAUAUCUUGACAGCACUAAGGCUGUAAAAAGUAAUUUCCAUCUUCAGUAUAUGUGGAGCAUUCUGAAGUGAACCAGAUAAAAGGCAGCCAUCAUUCCAUGAAUAGUCCCCUUCUUGCUUUGUGUUUGCCCUUGUACAACCAUAAGCUGAAUACAUGUACAUAUUGUUUUAUACAAAUGAUGUAUUGUUUUUGUAAUGAUGUACAUAUUCUAGUUUCAGUGCCAUGAAGAAUGUUCUGAAGAUGUAUGUAUUGUUUGCAGAAAUAAAGCACCUUUCCAUGA